AAACUAGUUCUUCGCACAGGUGUCUGUCCGCCCAGUUUGUCUGCAGAGUCAGAAGGAACAGGUGUCUUCAUUUUUGACGAUACACAGCACGUUACAAGUUGAGUUGUGAAGAUGAGAGUUGCCUACCUCCUGUGCCUGGUCCUGACCACAGCCGUGGUUCAGGGAAACCCCCGAGUGAAGCGAGAUGCCGCUGAUCCGCAAAACAACGAGCUCGCGAGAGGAGAGUUCCUGUCCGAUCUUGCGAAAUUGUAUUCUCUUGUAAAGCGCGGCGGCCCCCUGGAUAGCCCAAUGCACGAUAAAGGGCUGAAAGCCGCACUGGCCGUGCGCGAGUUUCGGGAGACCCUUGAAGCUUGGGACGUAAGGAAGGAAGCUCAAGACCGGAGGGAGAGCGUCUUGUCCGAUCUGCAAGAGACCGUCGGCUACAAGAAGCAAGUCGCCCGCGAAGGGGAAGCAAGCAAGACCGGGUUGAAGGCACGAGAGAGCCGCUUCCUGAACGACCUCCAGGAAACCAUGCAGUUUAUCCGAGAAAAAGAUCUAGAUGCCUGACCUCAAGAAAGCAGGUGAAGAAGCCCACGAGUUUCUGAAAUGGCCAAGCUUAGAAGAUGAUUCAGGGCAAAAUUGAAGAAUAUUAAUGAAAGGAAGAUCUCUGAAAAAUCAUAGUCUUGCCCCGUAGUUGUAGGGCCGAUGUUAGUGGCAUUAACAUUUGUUUCGGGGUGUUUUAUUGUUUGACUGGUAAAGGGUUACGGAGACUGACGUUUAACGGUGUAAUUUAUAAUCCUAGUUAUGUAUGACCUUCAUAAAAAAUAUGAUUGGAAUGUAUAUAAUUAAUUAGCGAUAAACAUUUCAAACAUCUAACUGUAGGACCUACACGAGUACAGUUGCAAUUUAGUUUGGGAAUAUAUGAAAGUUACUACAUGUACUACUCCGCAGAUAUCGCUUUCCCUAACCAUGUACUUCAAGUAUUGGUGUAUUAAAAGUAAAAAGUCAAGGAA